CUCAGGGGCAAGGCCAUGACGAGAGAAGCGCAUUUGCUGCAGCGGCCACAUGAGAUUCGUUACAGGCGACAGCGUCGGAUCCGCAUCAUCGUGCAGCUGAGGGACACGACGCCAGACGGGGAAGCCAAGCGGUAUUGACCCGGUCGCUGAUUGGGACUCAGCCCUGCUCGUACUAUUGGGCGACUGGGGGAGCAUUGGCCGAAGCGAAAUUCGCUCUGAACUACCGGCUCGGCCGCAGGAUCUGCAGGAGCCCAAGCGAACUUCGCUCAACGCUUUCUCACCUCGUACCUACCUACCUACUAUGCGUACACUCUCUCAGACAAGCUAGACAGGCUAGAUACGACGGAAACGGAGCACAUGUUAAAUCGCCGUCCGCCCAUACAAGAUUACAGCGUUGUGCAACACCAGAGACACGAACGAUGGCUACUUACGCACGUAAAUCUAUUACCCGAUUCGUAUCUUGGCACCAACUGCCGUACUCCACGACCAAUCAACUCAAGGCGUAAAAACAAGAUGGAAAAUAGGCCAUUAACAGCGAGGGAUGUUCCCCCACGGUUCCUCAAUUCCACGCUCUUCGUCGGCCACAUCCCCUACCGGGCUCUAACCUCUGACCCGCGCGUGUCUUAUGCGCUGUACGUGCCGCCGCAGCACUACAGCUACGGGGCAGGGACACCCCCGGCGCGAGUCAAGGUACCAUUGCUAGUGUCCGUGCACGGCACCAGGCGCGACGUCCACACCAUCUACGAGCUCGCCCCGUUCGCGGACUCCACAGGCUGCGCGAUUCUCGCUCCGCUGUUCCCCACCGGCCUCGACGGUCCCGACGACAUCGAUUCUUAUAAAUUGCUCCGGUCCACCACCCUGCGCUCUGACCUCGCGCUCCUUUCUAUGCUUGAUGAAGUCGCUGUGCGCUGGCCCGACAUCGAUACCGAUAAGAUCUUCCUCGCGGGGUUUAGCGGCGGCGGACAGUUCGCGCACCGCUUUCUUUACUUGUACCCUGAGCGGUUAGCUGCCGUGAGUGUCGGCGCGCCGGGACACGCGACGGUGUUGGACGAGCAGAAGAGUUGGCCUGUGGGAGUUAAAGACGUAGACGCCGUUUUUGGAAAAAGCAUCGACAAGGCUCUCAUUAGAAAGGUCCCUAUCCACCUUGUCAUCGGCAGUGCGGAUGUCAAGGUCCACGGUGGCGAGGAGUUUUGGGCUUGGAUGCGGCAGUUCAAGGCGCAACGAGGGGCUGGAAGUGCAGUCGCCAAUGAUACGCCGACGCUUCUCCCGAUUGAUCAAGGCAGACUUGAGACCAUGCAUCAGCUGCGCGGGCUGUGGGGGCGGGAUGGUAUCGAGGCCCAAUUAGAUGUCGUUGAGGGGGUGUCCCAUGACGCCAGAGGCGUUCGCGAUGCUGUACUUCAAUUUCUGGAGUCGAGGUUGCGGAUGCGGCUUGGUGAAUGUUCGAGUUGACUUUAAGUUGAUACUAAGUGCCUACAAGUUAUAAGUAUUAAUAAUGAUAAUCCGGCUUUUAACAUGGUUCUUAGGUUCUUCUGUGAGAGAGGGCCUUGGUUUGAGUCAUUGGUGACAGUUUUCUUUGAUAUGUGAAACUGUUAGGUAGGCUGGCUCUGCCUGCUGAAUGAGGUAGCAUAUAGUUUCGUACUGUUGGAAUAUCGGGUGGCUGAAAUCAGGUGGCUGGAAACUUACGCCCCAUACCUAUGGCAUAUAUGUAUCAUCUACAUACCGCUACUUACCCUAAGGGGUUCUUCCUUCUAAUCUAACGAAUAUAACCC